AAAUGUUUACCCUCAAGUUGUUGCCUCCUGUCGCCUGUACCCUGACUGGGACUAACGUUGCUGGUCAGCGCUGUGGCAAGGCGUCCCGUUGCAGAAGACCUGCACCAAAGAAUGAGGAUAAACUUCCUGUAAGACAGCACAAACAUUAAGUCCAACGUCAAAAGAUGGAAGUGCAGGACCAGGAGUCUCUGGGGAGAUGGGACGGGCUGGGCAGCCGGGAUGCCAGCUCCAGAACUGAGGCCAUGGAAAACAUAUGCCAGGACGUCAUGAGGAAAGCGGAGGCUAUUGGGCCCAUAACAGCAUCGGUCCCCUCGCCCCCGGCCUUGGGAUGCCUUCCAAACAGUGAUCUGAAUGACAUCCUUGCUCAUCUGCUCAUGCUCUCCAAACGGUGUCCCUUUGAAGAUGUCAGGGCGCGAUGCAUUCGACUUCUAAAGGCCGUCCAGGACUUGGGAGUAAGGAUCCCAAGACCCUUAGGUAACGGACCAAGCAGAUUUAUCCCUGAAAAAGAGAUUCUUCAAGUCAGUAAAGUGGACCCCAGGACACAGUCGAUAUUUGAGGAUGCGUUUGCAGCCCUCGGCCGUCUGGACAACAUUUCACUGGUGAUGGGCUUCCACCCACAGUACCUGGAGAGUUUUCUCCGGACGCAGCACUACCUGCUGCAGAUGGAUGGACCCCUAUCUUUGCACUACCGACACUACAUCGGCAUCAUGGCGGCAGCUAGACACCAGUGUUCCUACUUGGUCAACCUGCAUGUGAACGAUUUCCUCCAGGUCGGGGGAGAUCUGAAGUGGCUAAACGGCCUGGAUGAAGCACCACAGAAACUGCAGCAGCUCGGAGAGCUCAACAAAAUCCUGGCCCACCGACCUUGGCUUCUCACUAAGGAACACAUCGAGCGCCUCCUGAAGGCUGAGGAACACAGCUGGUCCCUCGCGGAGCUAAUCCACGCUGUGGUCCUCCUCACACACUACCACUCCCUCGCCUCGUUCACAUUCGGCUGCGGCAUCACGCCAGAGAUUCACUGCGACGGUGGACACACUUUCAGACCCCCCUCCCUCAGCCAGUACUGCGUGUGUGACAUUGCCAACGGCAACGGUCACGCUAAUCACCAUGACGAUCCACUUGGCAACCAGGAGAUGUGUGGCGAGGUGGAGGUGCUGAUGGAGCGCAUGAAGCAGCUGCAGGAGUGCCGCGAUGACGAGGAGGCCAGCCAAGAAGAGAUGGCAACCCGCUUCGAAAGGGAGAAGACUGAGAGCAUGCUGGUGGUCACAGCAGAGGACGAGGAGUGUGUCCCCUCAAGAGACAUCUCUCGACACUUUGAGGACCCCAGCUAUGGCUACAAGGACUUCUCCAGGAGGGGGGAGCACGUGCCCACGUUCAGAGUGCAGGAUUACAGCUGGGAGGAUCACGGCUUCUCUCUGGUCAAUCGACUGUAUCCUGAUGUUGGUCAGAUGCUGGACGAGAAGUUCCAGAUGGCCUACAACCUGACCUACAACACCAUGGCAACACACAAGGAUGUGGACACCAGUAUGCUGCGUAGGGCCAUCUGGAACUACAUCCACUGCAUGUUUGGCAUCAGGUAUGAUGACUAUGAUUACGGGGAGAUAAACCAGCUUCUGGACCGAAGCUUUAAGAUCUAUAUUAAGACCAUGGUGUGUAGUCCUGAGAAGACCACCAAACGAAUGUAUGAGAGUUUCUGGAGGCAGUUUCAGCACUCCGAGAAGGUCCACGUUAAUCUGCUUCUUAUGGAAGCGCGAAUGCAAGCAGAACUGUUAUACGCUCUGAGAGCGAUCACCCGCUACAUGACAUGAAGUGCUUUUGGUGUUUUUAUCGUUGUGUUUUUACUGUCAUUGUUGUUGCUCAUUAUGGGACACUUCAAGAAAAAAAAAAAAAGAAAAUCAAAGGGGUGGGGGGGGGGAUUCAACAAAAGAGAUGAGUGGAAGAGAGUCCUGGGUUGUGGCGGUGCUUGUUGGAUGGAUGUGGAGAAGAGGAUCAGAACAAAUGGAAAGCAAGGAAAAAAAAAAAAAGAGAACUGUGGAAGAAAAGUCAUCUCAAACUACAAGUGGAUACACAAACUCAGUUCGUGUUGCCUGCAGUGCCAAAAGUGACCAAGAGAGGGCUGCCUGGAGCAAACUCCUGCUCAGCUGGGGAGUUUGUGCCAGGCCAGAGCACUGACACCGGAGGCAUCCAGGACGAUGUUUCAGUACUCCAGCAUGCAGCACGUUGGUUGCCAAUCUCUUCUGUCUCCCGGUAGAGUGAAGACCCACAGCAAGUCCCCAGAAAGCUGUGCAGCCACAAAGAGUCUGCACUUUGAAUCUGUUGUCACUGUCAUAUUUGUUUAGUUUCUUGAAUUAUCUUUUUAUUUCAUUUUGUAUUAAGAGAAGUGGAUGUUGUCGAUGUGGUUGCUGUUAGUGGAGAUGGAAGCAUUAACUAUCGGCGGUGUUUUUUACGUGUGCCUGAACUAUCCAGCACAGUGUGCAUACGUGCUGAUGCUGCUGCUCCCAUGUUGUAUUCAGCGGGGUCAUAUUGAUCCCCAAAUCACCCCCUCACCCUACACCAUAAUACCCCCUAAGCCCCUAUCCAUUAGAAAUCCACUGCAUUACCCCCCCCUUUUCCUCGUCCUCUACCCCCAUCCCAAAUCUCAAAUGUCAAUGUAAGCUAAUCCAAGGAGUGUGUGAAAACCAGAGAGGUGUGGAAAGAAACUCAAAGAACACUGUCUGAGCCCUUUUUGAGUUUGACUGUACAUGUGUGGAUGAGAUCUGUGUUCGUGAUGACUGAGGUGUGGAUGUUUGUGUGUGUUUCACACAAAUGACAGAGAAAAAAAAAAAGUACGUCUUUGAAUUUCAUGUGUCAAAAAAAAGAAAAAAAAAAGAAAGAUAAGCGAGGCACUUUGAAGGAAAGACUUCUUGCUUCUGCUGUAGCUCUGUUAUUGUGAGAUACUUGUUUAUCAUUUGUUGAUGAUGAUGUCUUUAUUUUUCUGGUAUUGGGGAAAAAAAAGAAAAAAAAAGCUAAUCAAAAAGAAUGUUAGAAACCAGGUUUUCCAGGAGGGAUUUGCUUCCGGUUGCCCUAACCACACCUUAUCUGUCUUCCGCUUAUCCCUGCUGCCUGGUCGCCCUAACACCUUCGAAGCUUUGGAUUGUGAAUUUUACCAGUAAAUGAAUACCUCUUCUGUUUUUCUCUAUAAAACAUAUAAGAAGUGCUCUUUGGUGAGCAGAGACUCUUUCCGGGCUGCCGUGUUCCCAUUGCUCGGGGACCCGGCUCGCCCACACAGGGCCGACUGCGGUCGAUAGCUGUCGGACGCAAAAGGUUGUAGCUGUGCUUAUUUCCCUGCUAGGGAAGUCUAACCAGUGCAAAAGCAGCUUUUUUUUAAUUUUAUUUUGAACAGAGGUGUGAAACCUCUGCUGUUUUUGUUUUUUGUUUACUAAAACCAGUAAAGUACUGCAUUCUCCUGAGGUUGGAUUGAGAGAAUCAGACAGAUGAAUGAGUGAUAUCUGGAGAAGGAGGAUAAGGAGGAGGGUGAUGAUGAUCAAGGAAUGGUACAUUUGGAAGUGGUUUGAGAGGAAGUGGAGGUUUUUUCAGACUUCUGACUGAUGUCAGUUACUGACACUUUUUAUAUGAAAUUAUAUGAAAAAGACGAAAAAAAAAAUAAACUAUGAUAUUGAAA